AUGAGUCAAGCUCAACAAUUUUAUUGGAGAUUUCGAAAUUUCUCUGACAAACAAGAGCCAAAACUCUUUGUGAUGAUGUCCACUGAAUCAUUGACAGAUAGUGGCAUUACUUUAAAUCGAGAAAUAAAAAAUCAAACAAACAAAAUUGAAUACUCAAGUAACGCCGGCGAAUUUUCAUAUUUUGUAGCAAAAUCGUUUCCAGUAGGCAUUGCUAUUUUCCCUAACAACGGAAAUUUUGAUAACAAAAUCUCAUUCAGCGUUUAUCUCAACAUAUUUGUCAAACUAAUAGAAAAAGAAUCAAAACUUAUUAAUCAUGCGAUAGAUUGGGCUUGCAUUCCACUCAAAUCAGAUCAAAUUUUGAAAAUAAAUGAUUUUACUUACAAAUCAAUUGAUACCAAGGACUUACACGUAAGUAAUGAUUUUAAAACCGUAAUUGACAUAUUUAUUAAUUCAAUUUUAUUAAUUUCAGAUUAUUUCUUCAACAAAAGGUAUAACAACUUAACAGACGUAGAUAGAGGCCGCCUAUUAAAUAUAUGCAUUAAAGCAUAUGAAAAUCAAGAAAUUUUGAAACCUUAUUCACUUGAUUUCAACGAAUUAUUUGAAAUUAUAGAAAAAAAUUCAAGAUAUGAAUCUCAUCCAAAUCCAUUCAUUACUUUUCUCGUCUUUUGCAUCAAUAAUGAUCACAGAUACUAUCCAUCUUUAUAUCUUCUAUUCAAUGAUUUCCUCAACUAUUGUUAUGAUUCAGAAUCAUUAUCUUUAGCAGUUUCUAAUAUCACAGAAAAUAAUAAUUAUUCUCAAAUUCCUUUGUAUCACAUUAUUCAUAUAUUUACAGAGAAUAUACCAAUGAAUAUAAUAGGAGAUCAAAAGUUUCAGGAGAUUAUCAGUCUCCGUCAAGCAUCUCAAGAUGACAAAAACAUUUUAGGUAAUUCGAAUAAAAAUCAAUCAAGUGAAGAUCUUCGUAAUAAUCAAACAAUUUUACUCGCAAAACUUGAGCGUACGUACUGUAAUUCGCUUGAUUAUUUUGAAAUGCUGCUUAUAAAAGCAAAAACUGAUCCUACAAUUAAAUAUAAAGAAUCGGAAAUUAAACAUAUACUUGAUAUUAAAAGGAAUUGCAAAAUCAUGUUGAAUCAAAUCUAUAAAUUCAAUAGUUGGGAUGAUGUAUCUCUAUUCAUGUACGAUUUUGUAUUUCCAUAUUAUGCUCACGAACAUUCUUUUAUGUUUAGAGGUGAUUAUAACAUUCAAACAAUACUGCAAACUAUCAAAGAAUAUGGUUUUACAGAAGAUAAAAAUAAUAAGGAUACAUUUCCACCAUCAGCUACAAUGAUUUAUCACAUGUAA